CUGGCUGCUCGGGGAGCCGGUGCUGUGGCUGGGCUGCUGCGCCGAGGAGCUCCUGAGCUGGAAGAGGCCGCUGCGCAGCCUGCUCGGCUUCGUGGGUGCCAACUUGCUGUUCUGGUUCCUUGCAUUGACUCCAUGGAGAGUAUAUCAUCUGAUUUCGGUCAUGAUCCUUGGGCGUGUUAUUAUGCAAAUAAUAAAGGAUAUGGUUUUGUCUAGAACAAGAGGUGCACAGUUGUGGAGAAGCCUCAGCGAAAGCUGGGAAGUCAUCAAUUCCAAACCGGAUGAAAGACCCAGACUCAGCCACUGUAUUGCAGAAUCAUGGAUGAAUUUCAGCAUAUUUCUUCAAGAAAUGUCUCUUUUUAAACAGCAGAGCCCUGGAAAGUUUUGUCUCCUGGUAUGCAGUGUGUGCACAUUUUUUACAAUCUUGGGAAGUUACAUUCCUGGGGUUAUACUCAGCUAUCUACUGUUACUGUUUGCGUUUUUGUGUCCACUGUUUAAAUGUAAUGAUAUUGGACAAAAAAUCUACAGCAAAAUCAAGUCAGUUCUGUUGAAACUAGAUUUUGGAAUUGGAGAAUAUAUUAAUCAGAAGAAACGAGAGAGAUCUGAAGCAGAAAAAGAAAAAAGUCACAAAGAUGACAGUGAAUUAGACUUUUCAGCUCUUUGUCCUAAGAUUAGCCUCACGGUUGCUGCCAAAGAGUUAUCUGUGUCUGACACAGAUGUCUCAGAAGUAUCCUGGACUGAUAAUGGGACCUUCAACCUUUCCGAAGGUUAUACUCCACAGACAGACACUUCUGACGAUCUUGACCGGCCUAGCGAGGAAGUUUUCUCUCGAGAUCUUUCAGAUUUUCCAUCUCUAGAAAAUGGCACGGGAACAAAUGAUGAAGAUGAAUUAAGCCUUGGCUUGCCCACUGAGCUCAAGAGAAAAAAGGAACAUCUGGAAAGUGGUCACAGACCAAGCAAAGAGAGACAAUCAGCAGCUGGUCUCACCCUUCCUCUGAACAGUGACCAAACUUUCCACUUGAUGAGCAACCUGGCUGGGAACGUCAUCACAGCUGCAGUGACUGCUGCUAUUAAAGACCAGCUAGAGAGUGCUCAGCAAGUACUUGCUCAAGCUGCACCCAGCCCAGGGGAGGACACAGACACUGAAGAAGGUGAUGACUUUGAAUUACUUGACCAGUCAGAGCUGGAUCAAAUUGAGAGUGAAUUGGGACUUACACAAGACCAGGAAGCAGAUGCACAGCAAAGUAAGAAGUCUUCAGGCUUCCUUUCAAAUUUCCUUGGAGGCCAUUAAUCUGGGAAUCAGCCUGCAGCAGCACAGAUAAACCACCAAAAAAUUUCAAACAAGACAAAAAAAAAAAAAAAAAGACAAAAAAAAGGAAAAAAAAUUGAACUGUGAGCUUUAAUGAUUACUUUAGAUUUUUAUUUUCCCUUCUGCAGUGAAUUAAUUGGAUAUAUUUCAGCUGACACUGAUAGAUUGAUAUUUCUGAUAGUUAUUUUUACGUAAUAAGCAUGGAAAUGAACUUUAUAUAUAUAUAUAAAUAUAUAUAAAUACUGUGUUGUCAGAGAAUAUUAGGGGCUGUUUUUAAAGCAUAAAGGAAAGAAUACCCAAAUACCAAAUUAUUAAGAUCCUUCUAUAAGUAUUCUCUUUUUUUACUUAUAAUUAAUUUUUAAGCAUGCAAAAUUUUGUUGUCACUGAAAAAUAUUAAUAAUUGUGAAUUCAUGUUGUAUCCGACAAAUUAUCAGGAUGUCUUUAGUUGAAGGAUUUGGGAAAUACUAUCAAAAUUAAUUUCCUAGGAAAAAAUUUAAAAACAUACUUAAGUACUAUGGGUAGGCUGAAACAUUUCCAUGUUCUCUCUGCAAUUGUAGACACAGGCUUAAUUGUAAGGUGGCAUUCUACAUUGAUUGCCAUCUCUAGGCUUGCAGUGGGUGGUAUUAACCCAUAGAGAGCGAGUAGUUACGUAUCACAUAGAUGAUGGUUAUGAUGCAAACAGAGAUUCAGCUGUUUUAUUGUUCAGUUUGUCAUGUUUGUAAUAGGAGUGUCUAUUCUGCCUGUUUAGACUUAAGUUAAACCUUCAUCUUUUAUAUUGUUUCAUAGAAAGAGUCUCCUAAAAUUGUGAAACUAGUUCUUGAUAUGUUCUAUGAGUGAUGUGGUCAUCAGCAAUAAAAAAAAAAUGACUUUUUCUUAUUUGUUAGUUAGAAGAGAGGAACUUGCUUGGCUUUAAAGUGUAUUUAUUUGCCACUGAAGUCUAAAUAUGUAAUCUGUUUCUUAUUGAGAAGUUAAAUAUAUAUUUUACUUAAAAAUUUUUGGUCACCUAUAAUCAAAUUUGACUUGCAGUUUAAAACAAAGGACUAAAAAGCAGAAACCAAGAUAGCUUUUGUUUUUAGUAGUUUUUGACUUUUAGUAGUGUUGAGGGACCAUGUCAGCAACUAUCUAUAAACUCUAUAAAUCUUCAGUUAGAGCUGGCAUUUCUGCAGAUGCACAGACAUGUGAGAUCCUCAGAAAGGAAGGAUAAUCUAAGAAUAUAGGAAAUCAGCAUUCCCCUCCUUUCAUUGUAUCUCUUAUAUUUCUAAAAAUGAAUUAUAGGUUUUAAUGUAGAAUCUUAUUUAUUUUUUCUUUCUGAGGUAUUAAAAUAUCUAGACUGAAUUUUGCCAAAUGUUAAAGGGAGAAAAGUUACUGAAGACUUCGAACAUUUGCUUUUUGUGACUAAGCUUAUGUUUCAUUAGUGCCUCUUGACUGUGUUUGAUGUCCCUUAUUGAUACUAAGUGAGCCUGUGCCUUCAUCAUCUUGCCCAUUUGGUACAAAUGUCAACCUGUGUUAGAAAAUCUCUGACUGUGGGUUUUGGAAGAAUAUACCUGAAUUCUACUCAAUAAGUUUCUGGACAUGAAGAAAAAUACAGUCACAUAUUUAUAAAAUAGUUGUUACCUGGA